GGCGCGCGCGCUCGUCUCGAACGGAAACGGUGUUCGGAAUUUGAAUCACAGUACGGAAUUUCGAAUAUUUUCAUCGAUGUUUUAAACGUGCGGCAAAUUUUGAAACUAUGUGGAAUCCGAACAUGCACUAGGUGUUCCAAAUUUGAAACUGUUCGGUAUUUCGAAUACUUUCUUGUUUUAAAUGUGCUCGAAUUAGUGUGUGCUUUUAUUUAUUUAUUUAUGUGAUUGUGUACAAAUUUGGAUGAGGCUUAUACUAUACAGGUUGCCGCUCCAGCCUACAAGAAAUUUUGCCUAAGAAAAAUAUGUUUGGACGGUGUCCAAACAAUAUGAGAGUGGAGACAAAAAUAGUGUGGUAUUUUUGUCCAAUGUAGUUGGUAUUAGAAAAGUUAAAACAACAUCAAUGUUUUCGAACUGUGCGAGCGAGAAGGAAAAUGUGAUACGGACGUCGCGCGCGAGUUUUGAAAAUGGCGGUAGACGCAAAUUUUUGUGUUCUCGUGAUUGUGUUCUUGGUGCAGACUUUGAUACAUACGAGUUUGGAGGUUGUGGAUUCACAUGUCAUACAAGUGUGGUCGGCACCGGGUAGCGCGACAAGGCUGCCUUGCGACCUCGCGGCUUCGGUGAGAGACGUCGCGAUGACAUUGUGGUUUAAAGAUGGCGACAGAAUGCCUAUUUACACAGUGGACUUCAGAAACGGCCCUCCCGUCCACUGGGCGGUCGCUGGGGAAUUCGGGAGUCGAACCCACUUCGUUUUGAACGAGUCUGAUCCGUCAUCAGCUCACCUCGCCAUCGAUAAAGCAGCGAGACAAGAUGAUGGCCUGUAUCGAUGUAGAAUCGAUUAUGUUGAUUCGCCAACGAGAAAUUAUCGAGUUAAUUUGACUGUCAUUGAACCACCAGAAUCGCCUCGGAUAUAUGACUCUGAGGGUAAGGAGAUCAUCGGUGCCAUGGCAGGCCCUUUCAGGGAAGGGCAGGAUGUGCUGUUGUCUUGUCAGGCUUCUGGUGGAAGACCUCCACCAGACGUGUCUUGGUACCAAGGAGACGAGCAGCUAGCCAUCACCAAAGAAGGCUCAGUCAGUCAGUUACACCUUCAGAGGCUCUCCAGGGAGAUGGCCAAUGCGAGAUUACAGUGUAGAGUUGAGCCUCCUUUACUCCAGCCAAUAAACAGGGAGAUUAUUCUUAAGUUAUACUUAAAGCCUCAAAUGGUCAGGUUGACCGGGAAAGGUGUGCUGAGAGCUGGUCACGACAGGUCCUUCGUGUGCACCACCAGGGGAUCGAAGCCAGCACCAAAUAUAGACUGGUUCAUCAAUUCGCAGAAAGUGGAUUCCACGUUGACUGAGAUCGAAGUGGACGGAGAAGUCACCAAGAGUAUCAUGACGUGGCGCGUCAGACGCGAGAACAGCGGUCAACAGCUGGUCUGCCGGGUAUCCAACCCCUGGUUCCCCGCUUACACCCUGGAGGAUUCCAUGACUUUCGAUGUCAUGUAUCCCCCCGUAGCCCAGAUAUCCCUGGUGGAACCGUCUGAACCCAGACUUCUUCGAGAAGACGAGGAUGCUGUGCUGAUGUGCUCGGCUGAUGCUGUUCCGCCUGCUUCUAACUUCACCUUCUUUAAAGGCUCAGAAAUACAUCUAAUAAGGGAUGACCCUAUUGGCGGAAUAUCAGUAGAAGGAGACAAGCUUGUGAUAAGAGGAUUGAGGAGAUAUCAUUCAGCUUCGUACAGAUGCAGAGCGAGAAACUCUGAAGGCAGUGCCUUGAGCGAGCCCUUAAGUUUGAAUGUCCUUUCUCGUCCAGAGUGUGCGUCAGGGAGCGUCAUCCAGCAAUUAGCUGGAGCGCCAGGAGGCGAAGUCAGGGCACGGUGUUCUAUCACCGCGCCGUCAUCGAGAGACGCGGGCCCCCUGAGAUUCUACUGGACCUACAACGGAACGAAAGAUGUGUUGCCGAUACCAGCAUCCAAUGUAACAGUGACAGGAUCUAUCAGCACCGUCAUUCAUGGUCUUCCACAAAACGAAGACGAAGACCUGGGCUGGCUUGCGUGCUGGGCUUCCAAUGACGUUGGGAACCAAAGGGCACCUUGUCUAUUCAGGAUUAUGCCUGCAGCUCUCCCUGAACCUCCAACAAACUGCGAGUUAAGCAAUGAGGUCCUCCAUUGCGAACCAGGUCACGACGGCGGGCUUACCCAGAGGUUCCUGUUGGAAGCUUUGGAGGUACGACCCCGGACCGAGCUGAGUGAAGACAAUGAAAUAUCCACCAUGAAUGAUCAGGGUAUAACCGGGAAAGGGUUGACCGAAGCUGUCUAUCGAGUAGUCAACGACCGACCUCAGUUUUCCCUCAAUACGCUAUCUUCUGGAAGAUAUACUUUCCUGAUAUAUGCUGAAACUCCAAGAGGCAGAUCACCAAAGCCUGCAGCUUUAUAUAGCGUGGAUUUCCGAUCUUCUUACGAUUUGGACGUGCCUGGAUCCCUUCAAACCAUGACACCAGUACCACCACCUGCUACGCCGAGUGACAACAGCGUGGCCUUGCUAACUGGAGCAGUACUAUCAAUGAUAUUGCUAACCAUACUGACAACGCUGUGCGUGACAUUGGUCGUCAUGUGCAAGAAGAAGAGGCCGAGAGGAAAUGCAGAGCAGAAUACAAUAACACGAAGAAACGUUGGUGUAUCUAUGUAUGGUGGUUCAUCUUUGACUCAAAGCGUAGUUCCCACCGUAGUAGUAAGAGGACACCGUGGAUCCAGGGUUUUGGCUGCAAGAUGGUCAGGAGUUCUAGAUGAGGCUCCUUUAGCUGUUCUGGCCCUCGAUACCAGACCACAUGAUGAUGUUGAUUCGAGCAACAGUGAUGCCGACCAAGAGACUGAAUUGACGAGUCACAUGGAGACACAAACUGAUUCUUGAAAUAUUUCCAAAUCUGUUCCUAAUAAUCAAUGUUCCAUAUAGUACAACACUAAAUGAUGCCAUAUUUUGGAUUUAUGAUAUUGAAAUUAAAUCCAAACUAACAUUUCUAUUAAUAUAAGUGAUAAGAGACACUCAAAUUAAAAUAAUUUAUAAGAAAUGCAUCAUUAGUGGAGAAAUGCAAUAAAUGAAUUGGACAUGAGAAAAAUGAUAUAAAGCAAAAAUUUUGCGUAACAAUGAUUAUGCAAAAAAAAGUUAUGUAAUACGUUUAUUAUGCCUAAUGAAUGUCUUAAUAAGGUAAGAUAAUGAACGGUGGUUAUCAUUUUCCAAAGAUUACAAUAUUACAUUAGAUUUGUAAAAAAUGUAGUUGUGAUGUGUGUUUGUUUCAGUAUUACUAGAGUUGAAAAUAGUAAUAAAAUUGAUUGUAAUGUAAAACUAAGUUUUUGGAAAAUUUAUUCCUCAUAUCACUUUGAAAGUGAAAAUCUGGUGUGCACAAAGAUCUUACUAUGCAAACCUAAAAUAUAAUUUAAGCUAAAAAAAAUCUGAAUAUUUAAUAUCUAUUAAACAAAAUUUAAUUAAGUUUCUACGUUUAAGUUGGUACUUAUAGUUGUCUAGAUUUAUAUUUACGAACAAACAGCUAACGAAGAAAUGGAGCUUAAUUAUAAUUGUUUUUCGGGACUAUAUUACAAAUUUUUAGAACGAGAAUGAUUCUUAUUUUAAAAUUUAUUCCUGUAA